AUGUCGAACUUUGGACAGGGCUUCCAGAACACUGGGUUUGACCCCUCGCUCCUCUACCAACUCCCCAAUGCUGGCGGCAACAUCAACGUGGGGAACCUUGGUAAUCAGUCGGCAGCAUCAGGCUUCAACCUGAGCCAGUUGACGGCCAACCUCGGAGGUGCUGGCGGAAACUCGAUCCCACAAGGGUGGCUCACAUCUUUCAACACACUGCAGUCCCAGGCUAGUCAGCAGAUGAACCAGCAGGCUCGUCAACAGCAGCAGCCCCAACAGCAAGGCAACCAGCUCAAUCAGGUCAAUGUCAACCAGGGGCUCGGUGGCAACCCACUCGUUCCCCAGGCCAAUGACAGCCAACGCCAAUUAGAUAUCUUACGCAACAUGCAAGCCGUCCGAACGGGUGGUAUGGGUAACGCCUCUCCACAACAGAACGCCACCCAGGCCCUAAUCGCCCAGCAACUCCAGCAGUUACAACAGGCUCACCCACAACUGGCUGCCCAGCAACAGCAACAGCAGCAGCAGCAGCAGCAGCAGCAGCAGCAGCAGCGCCAAACUCCCCAGCAGCAGCCGCAGCAGCCCGCGCAGCGCCUGCCACAGCAGCAAAUGGGCCAGCCGCAGCAGCCUCAGCAGCCUCAGCCCCAGCCGGGUCAACAAGGCCUGCAGCCUGCCCAGGCUCAAGCCCAGCUUCAAACGAUGGCGAUGAAGGCAGCCGAGGCGAUUUUGAACACCAAGGACCUGUCCUCGCUCCCCCAGCAAAUGUUUAGCCAGUACACGGGAUUGCUUCGAAAGGGCAACAUCAUGACACCAGAUAUCCAAAAGGCUAUCCAGAAAGUGCAACAGUGGGCUGCUCAGAACUCGGCGAACGCCGCCAACAACGCUGGCACAAGUGCCUCGCUGCCUGUUGACUUGACAAACGCAACCCCCACAAUGCCGAGCACACAGCUGCCCCAAGGUCAGAACGUGAAUCUGCAGCAAAACUCGCUUCAGCAGCAGCCUGGAAUGCCCCAAAACCCAUCGCAGAUGACCCUUCAGCAACGCGAGCAGCUUGCCAAGCGUUUGAUUGCCGGGCAGGGCGGUGUCAACCCCAACACCCACGCCCAGCUGUUAGCGAUGGCGGCGCAGCAGCGCACUCAACAGACCCGGUUGCCUUCAGGCAACAUCAACAUGGCCAACUUGGCCCAGGUUCAGCAGCUCACCAACGCUUUCCAGCAAAACCCUCUGCAACCCACUCUGUCUCCUGCCGUACAGCAGCAACUGCUCAUGCAGUUACAGAACCAGCAGAACCAGCAGAACCAGCAGAACCAGCAGAACCAGCAGAACCAGCAGAACCAGCAGAACCAGCAGAACCAGCAGAACCAGGGCCAAAAUGCACCAAAGCCGCUUGGUCAACAGCAGCAGCCGCAGCAGCAGCAGCCCGCCCAGCAGCAACUGCCUCUACAGCAGCAGCAGUCUCAGCCCCAGCAACAACAACAACAGCAGCAGCAGCAGCCAGAACAACAGCAGCCAGGGCAACAAGGCACGCCGACGAUGUCUCAGCAGACCCAGCUCGCCGGCCUUAACCAGGCCAAGCCCGGCGCUCAGCCAUGGGCGGCCCAGCCAAUCCGGUCUCCCGCCAAUCUUCCUUCUGAGGCGGAUUGGCUUCGCGUGCUUCGCGGACUGCACCACAAUCAAAACCUGCAGUACCCCAUGGUCGACGGGAAACAAGUCAACCUCUACAAGCUAUUCGCUUAUGUCUUUGCCUAUGGAGGGUACCGCUUCCCCUUGGACAAGCUUUGGGCUCUGGCGGCGGCCUCUGUUGGCUUCAGCAUAGGCUCGGCCCCUGGGCAGCCUGGCACCGAGGCGAUCGCAAAGCAGAUCAGUGACAUCUAUCACACAUAUCUCAGCCGCCUUGAGGAGCUCUGGGUGCAGAAUCUCGUUCAGCAGCAGAACCAGCAAAACCAGCAGAACCAGCAGAACCAGCAGGGCCAGCAGAACCAGCAGAACCAGACCCCUCAGACCGCCGGUACGAGUCAGCAAGGUGCGGCGCAGGUUGCUCAGCAGCAACAGCAGCAGCAGCCGCAGCCUCAGCCUCAGCAGGCCCAACCCCAGCAGCAUCAACAGCAAACGGCCCUGAACAACCAGCAGACCAACAUGAACCGCGGGCUCAGCCAGUUCACGCCUCAGCAGCAGGCGACCAUCAACGGCUUAAUGCAGCAACAGCAGCAACAGGCGCAGCAGCAGCAGCCCCAGACUCAGCAGCAGCAGAAUGCUCUCGCUCAGGGUCUACGAGGCGUCCCCCAAGGCCUAUCUGCAGAGUUCUUGAAUGCCGUUUCCCAAAACCCCAACAUCUCGAUGACCGAGGACCAGCGUCGCCUGAUGCUUGCUGUCCAGGCGCAGCAGAGGAAUCAGCAGGCGCAGGCCCAACAGCUGCAACAACAGCAGCAACCUACACCACAGCAGCAGCCACAGCAGCUGCCGCAAGGGCCGCAGCCUCAGCCAACGCAGCAAGUUUCUCAGCAAAACCAGCAGUUCCACCAGCAGCAGCAGAUGCAGCAGCAGCAGGCCCAACAACAGCAGCAGCAGCAGCAGCAACUGCAGCAGCAACAGGUCCAGCAGCAGACCCAGCAGCAAGCCCAGCAGCAGCAGGCCCAGCAGCAGCAAGUCGCCCAGCAGGCCCAGCAGGCCCAACAGGCUCAACAGCAGCAGCAACCGCAGCAGCAGCAGCAGCAGCAGCAGCCUCAGCCUCAGCAGCAGCAAGUUUCGCAACAGCCUCAGCAACCGCAACAGCAGCCGGUCGCGCAACAGCCCCAGCAGAGCCAGAUGACACCAGGGCAGGCUGGUCAACCAGCCCAGCCCGGUCAGCCAACUCAGACUCAGGCGCCACCUCGUAACCUUACUGAACUGAUAGAAGGGAUUCGAGCAAGAGAGCGGGAAUUGGAAACGGCGUUCAUCAACACCCGCCGACAGGUUGUCCCGAUCCCGCCUGAGCAGCAAAACGACUACCGGACUGUCCUGGAUGCCGUUGCUCGCCUGGCCCACGAGGCCAAGACGAAGAGUCCACUCUUCAAUGUCGUGUGCGGCCCCAACGAGGUCGACAAAACUCGUUGUCAAGGCCUCAUCCAGCUGUCGUCCAUCUGCUCGGCAGCUGUCAUGAAGGCGAAGAACAACCAGCCUUGCCUGACACUGAAGGAGCUCGACAGCGUACGCGUUAGACUCAAGACUGUUCUGGAUGAGUCGAACGCCCACCUCACCACUGCGAUGAACGAACCUCGACUGAGAAUGCGUCUUCAAAUGUUGACCAGUGAACUCGGCAAGACCAGCAACGGUGGUGCGACAGCCUCGGCGGCUGCGGCUGCUGUGGGACAGUCGAUGCCCACUGCUCCCGGCCAACUUACGCCGUUGGCGGCUCAGGCUGCCCUGGCGAAUGCGAUCGGGGGAAGCACGCCGCUCCAGCAAGGCAUGCAGCUGAGUCCCGAGGUCGUCAACAACCUCAUUAAGAGACCUUUAAAGCAAGAAGAUCUCAAGCCGCCUCCGCCACCCAAGGUCCGCAAGGUCAAAGUCGAGCAGUCUCCUAAGGCUCCUGCUGAGGACACCAAGCUUCCCCGAACGCCAGCCACGCAAGCUGCAACACCAGCUGCCGAAGUAAGCACACCGAGUGGUUCAAAGCCAAGGGCGCCUAAGCGAAAGGCCUCGACUACGACACCCAAGACUGCGAAGAAGCCCAAAGCCACAGAGGAGACUAAGCCAGCACCCAGCCCCGCUGUUACCGGCACUCCUGCGCCUGCCGCAGCCACGCCACAGGCCACUGAGGGUGCCCCAUCAGUAGCAUCAGCUGCGUCUACACCUGCACCUUCCGCUGGCUACACUGGAAACGCGCUUGCCGUCUCAAGAUCAAAGCAUUCCGACUAUUUCGCUGCUCAGAACAAGACGGCAGAAUCGGAGCGCGAGAACUCGGCAGCCUUCUUCUCUUCCAGGCAAAGUCUGACCUCCUUUGAUGGAGACCUUUCCGCCGCUGUCAACGUCUGGACCGAAGCUCAGCUUGCCCGCCCUGCUCCGCCAAUGGCCAUGCCGGGCCCCCCUUCAACAGACGACGCCCUGGCCGACCAGUCUUGGCACGAUUUUAUCAACGAACAAAAUUUUGACCCAGACGAGCAGACACCACUCCUUACUCGCUGUCGCAGCCUCGACACCGACCCUGAGUGCAGCCCACGUGAAGGCGAUCUGCUCGGUCGGUCACCCCUUGUCGCCUUCCAUGUUGCGACGGCUCACGGAGCGCACGACCCAAAGCUGUUCGCAGCUCGGCGUGUGCCUUUGAUGAGCCCGUCUGCACGCCCAUACAACGGCAUGCUCUUCGUCGAGGACGACAACCCCGACGUGGAGCCUUGGAUGACUUAGGUCUCCAAGCCCCAUUUCAUGUUUGUCGAUCAUGACCCACAUCAUAAUCAUCGUAAACCCGAAGCACUCGACUUCGGAUGGUCAUCAACCGCAAUGCCCCGCAUAGUUUCCGUAUGUUCGCAAGCACGCAUCCCCUCUCCCACGCCCCUUAGUUCGACCGACACGGCUUGCUCACUUUCUAUCGACUCGUCAACAACAGGCGCCGGCCUCGGUGACCUCGUGUAUCAUGUGUAAUUCUGUAAUUGUGGCCAGCCCAUCGCUUCACAGCGAACCUGGUCGCCUCUGUCGAGGAACCCAUUAGUGAACCAGUCACGUUUGUACCCUCAUAAUAGGCCUUCUUUAUGGAACGCAUCGUUCUGGC